CCCCUAUCGGUCACUGAGGCUCGUAAACAUUGCUUCCCCGGGUCGUGCGGAACGCAGACGUCUUCAACAUGCGCGGGGUUAAUUGGAAGGCGACUAUUGCAGUCGCCCUAUUGACUGGUAGCGCGUCUGCUAUCGACUUGAAUGUCAACGAUGAGACAUCCAUCAAAAAUGCUGCGAGCAUGGCUGCGAAAAACACCAUCUCGCUGUACGACCAGCGAGACUCGAAGAAUAUCCCCGGCAAAUUGGAUCGCAGCUGGUUCGAGGGUGGUGUCAUGUUUGACGCUUUGAUCAGGUACUGGUACUAUACUGGUGACUCUUCCCACAAUGACGCCGUGAGCGACGGAAUGUACUGGCAACGCGGAGACGACGACUUCUUCCCCUCGAAUUACAGCCAGACUCUUGGAAACGAUGACCAAGUGAUGUGGGCCCUCGCUGCCAUGACCGCGGCCGAGAUGGGUUAUCCUCAGCGAUCUGCGAUGCCGUCCUGGAUCACCCUGGCGGAGAACGUGUUCAACGAGCAAAUUGGUCGCUGGGAUGAGGAUAACUGCAACGGUGGCAUGCGCUGGCAGAUCUGGGCGUACGAGUCUGGCUACGCGACAAAGAACGCGAUCACCAACGGCGGCCUGUUCGAACUCGCUGCUCGUCUGGCACACUUCUCCAACAAUCAGACCUAUUCCGACUGGGCAGAGAAGAUUUGGGAUUGGAGUGCCACCAGCCCGCUGCUGAACAAUGCCACCUGGACCAUUUAUGAUUCGACCUCUUGCGAGGAUGACUGCGCCACCAAAAGCAGCUUACAGUGGUCUUUUAAUUACGGUGUCUACAUGACCGGCGCUGCAUACAUGUACAAUCUGACAGAUGGAAACUCCAAGUGGAGGUCCGGACUCGACGGUCUCCUGAACUCGACCUCCGAAUUCUUCCCUACCCACGGCUACAUGACUGAUGAUGGAACCAUCAUGGUCGAGGUCGCCUGCGAGUCUGUCAAAACGUGCACUGCGAGCAUGAAGAUCUUAAAAGGCUUCUUCAUCCAGGGUCUUGCGGAGAUCACUGUAGUCGCCCCUUAUACCUCACCGAAGAUCCUGCCACUACUACAAGGCUCAGCGACCGCUGCGGCAAAGACCUGCACUGGAGGAACGUCGAAGAAUCUUUGUGGUGCUCGCUGGUACGAGCAGGUGUUCGAUGACGGCGGCAUUGAGAAUCAGGUGGCUGCCCUCAGCCUCUUCACGUCCAAUUUGGUUGCAUUCAACUCCCAUUCCCCCGCCACGCAGUCUACUGCUUCAAACAGCACGACCGGUACCAGUGGUGGAAAUGGGACCACUACGAGCUCGGGUGCUGCAGCAGCUACCAAGACUGGUAGCAAUGCCGCUAAUGUGCUCACCGGCAGCUCCGUGGGCGUCACCACUGCAGUCUUCGCAGCCCUUCUCGCUCUUUUCUAGGUCAUGAGUCACCCAAGUGUUCAAGGCUAAUAAUUUUCUUUCUUGGCUGUAUUAUUCGUGAAACCGGUCCCCCCCUGAGAUAUCCCCAUUUUAUACCCAAAUAAUCCACCAGAAUUUCCCCUUCCAAAUAAGAAAAUUCUACUACAUCCAAACACAAAUCAAAUACCGGGAAUU